CCUCCCCACCCCAGGCACCGAGUGAUGUGGGGGGGCCCUUAGACACCCCUCUGCUCUCCCUCCUUCUCCUUGGGGGGAAAAUCCCACGGGGAUGCUCAGGACCUUGCUGCCACUUGACGUUCCCCUCCGGCGUGGGCCGGGGGCUGCUGUGGGACACCACCACCCCCCCCCCGAGGGAAUUUUAGCCUGGAAAAGGCCCCCCCACUUCUGAGCCAGGGGAUGAGGGUGGCGGGGCCUGACGCCGUCCGUCCGUCCGUCUGCCCGUCCAUCCGUCCCUGCCGGCAGGAUGAGCACGGCUGCCAGCCCGGAGCCCCUGCCCUCGCCCCCCGCCCCCGCGCCCCGAUACCUGGGGGGUUUGGCCGAGGACGACCCCGAGUACCUGCGGGCACGGAACAUGGCAGCCGACCUGCGGCAGGACUUCAACAUGAUGGAGCAGAAGAAGCGGGUCACCAUGAUCCUCCAGAGCCCGUCUUUCAGGGAGGAGCUGGAGAGCCUCAUCCAGGAGCAGAUGAAGAAGGGGAACAACUCGUCCCACAUCUGGGCCCUGCGGCAGAUCGCCGACUUCAUGGCCACCACGUCCCCCGCCGUCCUCCCCACCUCCCCCAUGGGGCUGGCGGCUGUCACCCCCAUCAACGACCUGCACGGCCCCGAGGCGCCGGCGCUGGCCAAGGGCGAGCGGCUGAUGCGGUGCAAGGUGGGCAGCAUCCAUCGCCUGCUCGACCUCUAUGGCUGGGCCCAGCUGGGACACGCCGCCGUCACCCUGCGGGUGAGCAAGGAGCAGGAGCAUUUCUUGGUGGCCCCACAGGGGCUGGCGUGCAGCGAGGUGACAGCAGCCAGCCUGAUCAAGGUGAACGUGCUGGGGGCCGUGGUGGAGCAGGGCAGCACCGGCUUCGCCCCCGACGCCCGCAGCUUCAGCCUCCACGCCGCCAUCUACGCCGCCCGCCCUGACACCCGCUGCAUCAUCCGCCUGCACACGCCGGCCACGGCUGCAGUGUCGGCCAUGCGCUGCGGCGUGCUGCCCAUCUCCCGCGCCGCGCUGCUGCUGGGGGACGUCGCCUACUUCGAUUUCCGCGGGGAGGUGGAGGACGAAGCCGAUCGGGUCGAGCUCCAAAAAUCCCUCGGCCCCACCUGCAAGAUCCUGGUGCUGCGCAACCACGGGGUGCUGGCACUGGGCGACACCGCCGAGGAGGCUUUUUACAGCAUCUUCCAUCUGCAGGCGGCCUGCGAGAUCCAGGUGUCGGCGCUGGCGAGCGCGGGCGGCGCGGAGAACCUGAUCGUGCUGGAGCGCGCCAAGCACCGGCCCCACGAGGUGGGCUCGGUGCGCUGGGCCGGCAGCACCUUCGGGCCCAUGCAGAAGAGCCGCUUGGGCGAGCACGAAUUCGAAGCCCUGAUGAGGAUGUUGGACAACCUGGGUUACCGCACGGGCUACACCUACCGCUACCCCUUCGUGCAGGAGAAGAGCAAGCCCAAAAGCGACGUGCUGAUCCCCGCCACGGUGACGGCCUUCGUCUUCGAGGAGGAGGCUGCCCCCGUCCCCGCGCUGCGGCAGCAUGCCCAGAAGCAACAGAAGGAGAAGACGCGGUGGCUCAACACCCCCAACACCUACAUGAGGGUCAACGUGGCCGAGGAGCAGCAGGGCACUGCCAGCAGCCAGAAGACAAAGACGACGUGGCUGAAAGCAGAUGAGGUGGAAAAAGGCAGCAGCGGAACCCCCAUCCGAAUUGAGAACCCCAACCAGUUCGUGCCCCUCUACACGGACCCACAGGAGGUGCUGGAGAUGAGGAACAAGAUCCGGGAGCAAAACCGCCAGGACGUGAAGUCGGCCGGGCCCCAGUCACAGCUUCUGGCCAGCGUGAUCGCCGAGACCAGCCGCAGCCCCUCCACAGAGAGUCAUUUGGGGGAUGCGGAGGCCAAAGAGGCAUCACGGGAGGAGGCACCCCCUGAGCCGGAGCCCCCGAACCCCUUCAGCCAGCUCACCGACCAGGAGCUGGAGGAGUACAAGCAGGAGGUGGAGAGGAAAAAAAUGGGGCUGCAGGGCGAGAAGGACGCUGCGGCAGAGGAGAGCCAGGCUACCCCCACCAAAUCGCCCCCCGCCUCCCCAGCGCAGAGCCCGCCCGCAGCCCCGGCAGAGAGCCCGGCCGCCACGACUGUGGAGCCCCCGGAGGGUGACAAGACGGCGAACGGCGGCCAAGCACUGGCUGAUUCUGCCACUGAGAAGGUGCCGCCGGUGGUGAACAGGAAAGAUGAGGAGCAGAGCACCGAGGAAAGCCUGGGCAAAGGGGGGGGCCGGACGACCUCCCCUGCCAAAGCUGACCAGGAUGCCCCCAAGGAGAAGGAGACGGUGACCAGCAGCCCCGUCUCCCCCGAAGGUUCACCCUCCAAAUCGCCCUCUAAGAAGAAGAAGAAAUUCCGGACCCCAUCUUUCCUGAAAAAAGGCAAAAAGAAGGAAAAAAUCGAAUCUUGAGUCUCCUCCGAGGCCUCCCGCUGCAGCGGCGGCUGGGAACCUCUCUGGACAGAGGCGCCGAGGCCGAGGGACGGCUCCUGCGUCGUGCGUCUGGCCGAGGCGCAGCCGAAAACCCCGGAGGCGAGUUGUUUUCUGGGGACCCCUGGCACGAGGCACCUCGUCCCCUGUCACCCGCUUUUGGAGGCGGUCACCGAGCUUAUGAAAGAUUGUGGCCCCUGUUUGCCGCUUGGGGAAAUACCCGCUGCGAUCUCCCUCCUCCCACGAGCUCUCCCUUCUCCCUCCUGGGCACCAGCCCCUUCCCACAUGUGGGAUGAGGGUUGUUUUUUUCUCACCCGCCGCUUGCAGAGCCCUCGUGAAAUGUGGGGCGCAGCCCGGAACCGCUUGGUUUGAGGAAGAAAAGGGUGUUUUGUUGUUAUUUUUUUUUUUUUUUACCUUCUGUUUCAAGCUCCGCUGGAAUGGCGUUGGCUUCACCCCCAAGGCAAAAUUGUUCGCCGCUUCGCCAGGGGAAUCGGCUCAAGCCGAACGUGGCGGGAUUGCUCUCCCUGAAGGAGAGGCCGAGGCGCUGGGCCUGGGAGCCUUUCCUUUCUGGAUUGUAAUCUUCCUCUCCCUGAGCCGAAGAGCCACCUUCAGUCCCCUCUCCUGGUGCCACCGUCUCACGUAUUCACCCUACGAGGAUUCCACGGCACUGGGAGAGCCCCUGCUGCACCACACGAACCGCACCUGAGAAGGGAGAAGAAAAGAGCCUCCGGGAAGUGUCUGUGUUAUUUAAAACUGAGCAAAACUUCACUCACUAAGUGCUACUUCGGGAUGAACACACGCUGCCGAUUCACUUCAGCCAGAGGCACUGCCAACGCCGCCACCCCCCCGUCCCCACCACCAUGUCCCGGCGACGCCGGCGCGCGCGGCCGUGGCUGCGCCAGGUCUCCGCUCGCACCGACCCUGGGCUCAGCGAACGCCCGUCGGCGCGGCCGAGGCCGGAUCGUUGCUUUUCCCCAGCUCUGGACUCCCGAGCACAAGUUCAAAUCCUCCUUGGUGUUUCCUUCCCACCCAGCCUCCCCUCCCUGCCUCCAGCGCUCCGUACAGCAACACGACCAUCCUCACAACCUCCCGGCUGUGCCCGACGGGAAGAAGAAAACCAGCGAUGCUGAUUUGCCCCACAGCCACUCCAACGCUGGUAUUUAGGGGACAAAACCAACGGGAUCAGCCCGUAACCCACAGGGGUUUGCCGUCUGCCUGCAUGAGCUUCCCUGCCACAGCUCAAGCGCCCACCAGGUUCUGUCUGCUGGGGGCUUGGUCUGUAGUGGGGAGCCCCAGAACCCCCCCUCCAAGGGCACUGGCUUUCCUCACCCCAAUAUGAUUUUCCCAUGUGCCACAACCAUGUUUUCAAAGCCUUCCCACUGCUGCGAGGCAGCUCUUGGUUUUUGCUUUCUCCUCCGGAAGAGCAGAAAGCUCAUGGGCCAGGCAGAAAUUUUGGGGGUGAGGACAUGGGGCAGAGCGGGGUGCAGGCAGGGAGCUGUAGGUCAAAGGGAAGAGCUUUGUAAACAAAGGUUGGUUUCCUCUGCGGGGCUGCGAUUAUUAGGUGUGCUAGGCAAAUUCUGAAUCGAAAAGUAAAGCGUGAAAACCUUUUAAAAAGUGCAAAAAAAUACACACCUGGCAGGCAUGUUGCUGGAGCCCCGGGGCUGUCCUGAAGCCCGGUGUUCGGGAAGAGCCCAGCCCAAUGUCCACACCGAGCUCCAUCACUGGGGUUAGAGCCACAGCUCCCCACCAUGCUCCUGCGAGGACCGGGGAGGGGGGGAAAUGGGGGACGCUGAGCUCCUAAAUUCACCAUCUGCAACGGAGGGCAGGAACACCAGCCCCCCAUGCUCGUGCCUAUAUUCAGUGUCUCUUUGGCAGCCAGCCUUUGAGACAAAAACCACAGCUCUGUAACCAUUUCCCAUGGGGUGUUGCUCACUGCCACUGAUUUUAAGGCUCUUUGAGGCCGUUUUUGCCGUCCAGCCUGUCCCUCUGCACGACCCAGGCCAGAAGAGCUCCCGCAGGGAUGGGUGCGUUGCAUCCCCAAGACGGCACGGUCGCUCCCGGGGCGAUAACCUGAAUUACAACACUGCCGCACAGCCCAACGCCGGACCGGCCAGCAUUCCCGUGGGGAGGCUGCAGCCCCUCUUUCUCCAAGGGUCUGUCCCCAGGGGCUUUGUGACCCUUUUUCUCCAAAGGCCAGGGGUUUUGCAGAGGAGAUGGGGAUUUAUUUCCCCGCUCUGUGGAAAUCCCGGGUGCAUUAGGCGCCUUAUGCAGCGUUGGGAAGCGAGAGACGCUGGUGCCUUCAGCAGGGAGGAAGGCUCAAACGGCCACCACCGUGACGUGCAUCCUCGCCGCUUAGCUAGAAGAAAACAGACACAGGAUCAUCCCCUCCAGAUAACUUUUUCCCACCUCUCCCCUGCCAGCGUUUUGCCCCUGGCUCGCUGCUUUCUUCCCACCUCUUUUUGGCAAGGCUGCCCAAACCCAAGCACCCCGGCCCAGGUUUUGGGUGUGGGUUUUCCGCAGCGGGGAAGCAGGGGUGUAUCCCUGGCUGCCGGCUGCGGGUCAAAGCGUCGAUCCAGCGCCCCCGAGACGUGCCGAUCACCGCCCGUGGCCCGCGUGCUCGUCGCCCUCCGUAUUUCCACCAAGAUGAGAGGCCAGGUUUCCAUCUUGGGCCAAGGCGCCGCCGGGGUUUCAACCGGAUUCGGCGUGAGGCUGGCAGACACCCCGCAGACCGGGCUCCGGUGAGGCUGCGGCUGCUGAACACCCACCGAAAAGGGGCUGGGGGGUGGCUGGCUGCCCCGGCGGCCCGAGGGGAGCGCGGGCGACCGCCGGUGUCUGACAAUCGUCGCUGGAAAGCGCUGUGUAACGCCUUGUCUGUAAAUAAACCCCGUGUUUGGCACCCGCCA